AGGGCUGCUGGCUGGGACACAGCGGCUACAGCGGAGGCGGAGGAACGACGACGCUUUUCCCAAACUACCAGCAGACUUUUCCAAACUGUGGGAUUUCAUCCUUUUUUUCGCUUUCAAGAGAAGUGUUUGGAUAUACCGUUUUGAAAGGAAUAACGUGUUUUUGCCGUGUAAAGCGGCGCGGCUGCACCCAGGUUCCCCAUGCCCUCUUCUGUCGCCUCUGCUUGGCCUGCCGAGCCCACGGUCGGACCUCCUCUGGGCUGCAGUUGAAGCGGGACGGCGGGAGCUGGACGUGGUGGUGUCGGAGCCAGCGGCGGUGGAGGUGGGUCGUCACAGGGCCCAGAAGCCCCGAUAGCAGGCGGAGAAAGGCCUGCGUUGUUCCGCCUCCUGCCACUCGAAGAUGAACAGACUGAGCUUCCAUAACAACAAAACAAUGCAGGACCGCCGCUGUGUCUGUGUCUUUUUGCCCAAUGAUGACACUCUCAACAUCGUCGUCAAUGUGAAGACUCUGUGCCAGGAACUGUUGGUCCAGGUUUGCGAUCUCCUCCGGCUGAAGGACUGUCAUCUGUUUGGGCUCAGCGUCAUUCAGAAUAAUGAACACAUCUACAUGGAGUUAGACCAGAAGCUGUCUAAGUACUGCCCCAAAGAAUGGAAGAGAGAAGCCAGCAAGGGUAUUGAUCAGUUUGGGCCUCCGAUGAUCAUUCACUUCAGAGCUCAGUAUUAUGUGGAGAACGGGAGAUUAAUCAGCGACCGGGUAGCCAGGUACUACUACUACUGGCACCUGAGGAAGCAGGUGCUGCUCUCACAGUGCAUCCAAAGAGAGGAGGCCUACUUCCUCCUGGCAGCCUUCGCUCUCCAAGCCGACCUCGGGAAUUUCAAACGCAACAAGCACUUUGGGAAGUACUUUGAACCCGAGGCCUACUUCCCCCAAUGGGUGAUAGCCAAGCGUGGCCGGGAGUACAUCCUGAGGCACAUCCCCAACAUGCACAAGGACCAGUUUGCACUCACCGCCUCAGAGGCGCACCUCAAGUACAUAAAGGAGUGCGCUCAGCUCGACGACGUCACGGUGCACUACUACAGGCUGUACAAGGAUAAGAAGGAAGUUGAGGCGUCGCUCACACUGGGUCUGACCUUACGUGGAAUACAGAUAUUUCAGAAUGUCGGCUCUGUCAGGCAGCUUUUGUACGACUUCCCCUGGACCAACGUGGGCAAACUCGUUUUUGUGGGGAAAAAGUUUGAGAUCCUCCCCGACGGUCUGCCCUCGGCCCGGAAGCUCAUCUACUACACGGGCUGCCCGCUGCGCUCCCGCCACCUGCUGCAGCUGCUCAGCAACAGCCACCGGCUCUACAUGAACCUGCAGCCCGUCCUCAAGCAGGUCCGUCGGCUGGAGGAAAACGAAGAGAAGAAGCAGUACCGGGAGUCGUACAUCAGCGACGCCCUGGAGCUGGACAUGGAGCAGCUGGACAAGCGUUCCCGCGCCAGCGGCAGCAGCGCCGGCAGCGUGUCCCACCACAAGCGCCUCUCCCGCCACUCCACCACCAGCCACGGCAGCUCGCACACGUCCGGCAUCGAGACGGACAGCUUCCGGGCCCCGGGUCAGGCCCCUCACCGGCCCCUGCGCACCUGCAGCUCAUCCACCACCAGCCAUGGCAGCUCCCACACCUCCGGCAUCGAGAGCAGCGGCAAAGAGCGCAUCCUGGACGACGACGCAGAGAUUGAGAUGCUGGUUGACGACCCCAAAGACUAUGAGGAGCUUCACGAGAUGGCUCUGGACCAGGAGCUGUGCAUCCACAUCACCGAGGACAUGCUGACGAUGUCACCAGACCAGACCAACGGAUAUUCAGGCCUGAUAGUAAAAGACAUCAGCUCCUCCACUUCCAGCUCCUCGGAGACCGUCGUCAAGAUGAGAGGACAGAGCAUCGAGUCGCUGCCUCAGACGACUACGAGCCGGAAGCCUCAGUCCUCCACGGACCGCCACAGCCAAUCGCUGGACGACAUCCGGCUCUACCAGAAGGACUGCCAGCAGUGGGCGGAGCUCUGCCAGGACACCGCCCACAGCUACACGUUCGGCUGCGCCCAGGAGCUGAACGACGGCGAGGGACACCAGGGCCUGUCGGAGCAGCGCGCCGGCACGCUCGGCGAGCCGCAGCCUUUCCCCAUCAAGCGGACGAACAAGUACUUCUCCCUGGACUUGACCAACGACGAGGUGCCCGAGUUCGUGGUGUGACGGCGGCGGACGAGGGCGGUGCAUCUGCUAACGGUUAGCAAACCGGCGACGAGAAAGCUCGUAUACUUCCUGAGACUGACAUGCAGGCGAGGAGGAUUCUGGAUGAAGGAGACAGAACAAAUAGCUGGACGGAGUUUGUUUUUUGCUCAAAGGUAACAAAAGGGAUCCUUCUGUCUUUAUGUUUUUGUUUCAGCCACAUUUUGAAGCCAUGCAAAGACUGGAGGUAAAAAAAAAAAAGACAAGCAGGACUGUUUGUAAAUAAAUAGAUGGACGUCUUCUGGGCUACAAGCCAAAAACAAAAAGUGGAAUUAAAUUAGAACGCCUGAUCUACGUCCACCGUUCCUCCGCCGCGACGAACCGGAGCUACGAUCAUCAUCUUCUUCUUCUUCUUCAUGUAAACUGAUGUGAACACACCACCGCCGUGCCUUGGCAACACUAUGCAGGUGUCGAACGCUCGCCUUGACAAUCACAGCCCUCGCCCGACGUUCAAGCCAUGAAGAUCAAAGGUUCUGCAAUCUCUUAAACCUCUCAUGCACAUUUAAGUCAACGAAUCGAGCUCACUCUGCAGCUUUUUUAAACGGCUUCACGACGUUUCUCUAUUCGUCCUGUGAAAUUUAGCCGAAGUUUCCAGGCAGGAGUGAGCCUGAGAGAGCGCCUACAUGUCCCAGCAUGCAGUCGAGUUUUGUGGCCAAAAUACAAUUCUGUGUGAUGUGGAGUCAAAAGUGGAGCUGUCAGCCAAAACAACCCAUGCAUGUUGAUGCUUUAUGUCUUUUUUUUACACUUCUAGCCUUCUAUCAGUGCUGAUUUUUAUCUUUUGUUUUUCUUUUUGUUUUUUAAC